AUGCCAGAGUUUAUCAAUACAUUGCGAGCAAGAGGUGUUGUGGAUAUACAUCUAUUCUCAUUCAGUGAUAGGAACAAGUUGAGACUCAAUCACAUUGCCCUAAGUCACUUGGUCAUUGACGACUUUGAUGAAGAAGAUUACAGAUUGGAGCCAGACUCACUGCCCCCAACACUUGUUUCACUCAGUAUACAACGUGAGGCCUAUAUCGAUCCUGCCGCCUUACCACCAUCACUCAAGUCCCUAAGUCUGUCCGAGUUCCCAAAUGAUCAACCGAUUGAUUGUUCCAAGCUCCCAUCAUCGUUGACCAAGCUGGUCCUUGACCACUGGCCCACGCAUGUUCUAGACAACCUUCCUUCCGGUGUCACCACCCUAGACAUCUACAGAUCAAUGAAACCUUUCGUGAUCAAGCACACACCAUUGCAAUAUCUUCGCACAGUACACUCGAGCCUGACAAUCGUUGGAUUCAUCAACAGUGAUGAGGAUGGUGAUCAAUCAAUAGACUUGUCAACAUUGCCGUCAUCAUUGAGGUCUCUGGCAAUGCAUGUUGAUCGACGUAUCAUCGGACUUCCUUGUGGACUGGAGAAGUUAGAGUUAACAUUCAACAAGAAAGACUAUGGACUGCCUAAAUGUGUGCAGCUCACCAACGUCAACAGUCUCACAGUCAUAUACUACCAACGUCCACUCGAGCCCAAUGACAUCCCAACGACCGUAACAGAGUUGACAUUACAGAGUUACUCUCAACAAUUUGAUCCAGCAGUGUUACCAACAUCAAUACGCAAGUUGACAUGGAGUGGUGGUGCAUACUUCAACAUCAGACAUCUGUUACAUUAUCUACCAUUGACAAUCUUAGAGUUGGACCUCAAUCACUCAUUGUUCAAUCUACUUCGUAUCUCUGACACGUUGUUCUUCAACAGGCAACACUUUACAAUCAACUCUGGAUUCAUCGAUAUGACGACGAUCCAAUCAAUGGUGACCGCAGAUAUUACUCUUAGGUGA